GCUCCUUCAUUCCCUGGGGCCAUGGGGCUGGCAGCAAUGGGGAAGUGUGUGGGGGUGUGGACAUGGAGGGCUCUGGGGUGUAAGCGAUGUUGGUGGCUCACCACUGCCCAGCAGGGAUUGCUCCCGAAGGCAGCUCCAUGCCUGGAAAGCUGGCAGUGGGCCUUACAGCAUUGGGGCAGCUUCAUGCUUUUUUUGGUGGCUUUCCUAAAAACAGUGGCUUGUGCAAUCUUCCCAGUCCUUCAACAAAACUUUUCCUGGCAGAACCCCUCCAAAACUUCUGGGAACGUAAGUUUUUGAAAGACGAUGGGGUUAAAGACAUUUACACUCCUUGUACAGCACUGACAGAUUUCCUGGUGCAGAGAUUUCUUGUAGAAACCCAAGUUUAUGUCGGUGGGUUGGGCUGGGGGAGCUGAAGUAGCUCCAUGAAACAUGGGGGAGAUUUUCAGCCUAGAAGAAAGGGCAGAGGUGAUGAGGGAGGAACCUUGGAAACUGCUGGGGAUGGAAACCCUGUCUGUCUCCAUCCCACCAUCCUGAGGAAGGCGUUGUUCCCAGUGCACAACCUGAACUGUCUGCUGUCUGGGGUGUUGCUCUGAGAAGAAUUUUCCCCCAACCCCUUCAUGACUGACCCUGAAGGGCUGAUCCUGACUCUGCUGCUCACGCAGGUGAGACCGGCUCUUUGUGCUCGCAGUUCACCUCCAGCUCUAUGCCCGUGGAUGCGUGUGUGGCCACACCAGCAUGGUGGCCGGCUGGGUCCCCUGGCCCUGCUGGCAUGGGCAGGAGAAUGGACACAGCGCUGUCUGCUGCUAGCCAGAGCCUAGGCUGGGAACAUCCAUGAGAUGGGCAGUGCUGCAUUUGUCUGUGCAUUAUGCAUAGGGUCCCUCAAAGCUUUGUCACAGCUGGUGACUGUAUGUGCACUGUGUUCUAUGGGAGAAAGCUUUUGCAGAUAUCAGGAAUAGACUGAAAUGAAUAGGGCAUAACAAGCACUGAAACAUGACUUUGUGUCUGCAAAUAAUAAGGAAUGAGUUACAGUCUUGGAAGAGCAGGAACGUUACCCUGUGUGCAGGGUCCAGCCUGUCCCUGGUGUUGAUUAGGUGCCCUCCUCACACUGUCCUCUGUAUUGAAGCUCUGCUUGAAACGUAUUGUCUACAGAUGGGUUUCUCAACCUUUUCUAACCCAGAGAUGGCCAAACCUCUUUGGUGGAAAUCCAAGGAUCAUUUUGUUCAGAGCCACCACAUGGUUUUAUUUAUGUCCCAUGUGAAUUAGGCAGACGUCUCGCUGUUUGUCUGUUUUAUUUCAUUCCCUCGCUCUUGCUUGCGCACAUAGGAAUGUGCGCGUGUGUGUUUAGGAACAAUUUUGCAGACCGCUUCCUACUGUUGUUGGGAUGAGGAGCAGGUCCUGGACCCAACACGACAGUGGGCAGUGAUGGGCCCUGUCCUUAUUUCACAUCACAGCUCUUUUCCCCGGGCAGAUCCUCCUGGGGAGGGAGAAAAUUGCCAGGCACUGCCCAAGCUGCUCCACCAUCUUUUGCCAUGCCAGGGUACCCAGGAAAUCCUUGAGGACCAUCAACGUUCAUGUCCUCACCAGGACACCAGCUCCAGCCUCAGGCUUCAGGGCCAUCCCUGUUCAUUUACAGCACAUUGCUGAAAAACAGCCUGAGCCCAUGGUGCUGGGCUGAGUACUGCCUGGUGCAUCCUCUGUGCUGAUUGAUGCGGGCUUCAGUUCCUCCACUUUCUGCCUGGAAGUGUCUGGGUCCCCCUGCUUCUGGAGGGGACACCUGCAGCUGCGUCCCUUGGUCCAGAAGACAUCCCCACUGGCUGGCUUUUUCACUAAGGAAGUGCUCAAAGGUGGCUGUGUCCCCUUUGGAAAAAACAGCCACCCUGGGGUCCCCAGCAGGAAUUUUCCCCCCUCCCUGGGAGGAGUUGGAUGGGCAAAGCCAGGACUGGCAUUGGUGGGAGACUUCCCAAAAUCCGGCCACUUGUGUGAGUCCUCCACUGAUGGCGGCACGGUGGCACUGCCAGCUCCCAAAGCCACGCUUAACUUGACACAUGUGUGCAGCCCUGGGAAAUGUGGUGGCUCUGAUUCUCAUUUGUGCUGCCUUACCCUGCGCCAGCCUGCUGGGAGGCAGGGCCCUACCAGCAGCCACGCUCCGCACUGUGCCUUCCAGCAUGCCAACCUCUUUGCCGGAUGGCCCGAGACGCUGGUCCCCAAUCCUCCGGCCAGCAGACAUGGCGUGGGGUGCCGGAGAGAUGGGUGCUCCCAGCCCUGGCACUGGUGGGCAUCCCUGGGGCUGUGGAAGCAGCACAAGGGGCUGAGCCUGUCAGGGGAGAAGGGAUGGUUUGCAUCUUCUGCAUCCCUUGCAGUCACCACCAGUGGCUGCCAUUUGGGAUCUCCGGGUUUGAGAGGUGGCCGUGCUGCUGAGUGCUGUCCCCAGCACAGGGAUAGGAGAGAUGGGGAGCCAGCAGUGCCUCACCUCUGCAGCUCUCUCUGGAGGGGUUAAGCUCUGCUUAAGCUCCGCUUAAGUAUGAUCCCAGUAGAGCCCUAUUUUGGGGGAUCCCCAAAGAGAGGCUUUGUGGGGCGGGAGAGCUCUGUGCAGCCCUACUUGGUGCAGAGCAUCCCUGGACAUGCGUGCAGCCGCCCUCUGGUCUCUUUUACUCUGAGGUGGAGGCACCAAUGGUGUUCAGGUGUCUCUGGGCUCCAGUAGCAGCUCCUCUCGGGAUUUGCGACUGAGGUGCAGGGUGCUCUGCUCUGCCACAUGUCCACACCCAAUGGGUUGCACUCUUCUGGUCCUGGUGUGGUGGAUUUUGAGCCAUCGAGGAGCGUGGACAGACUGGCAGCGAGGCACAUCUGUCGGCCCAGCUCUGGCUGUUCCUUGCUGAUGAAACUCCCGGUUUGCAACACAAUUAUUUUGGCGUUUCGUCCCGGCCAUUCGCUUUCUAUUCUGGUGCUUGCCUUGCGGGAAGGCUUUGGGGAUGGGGGCGUGGGAGCUCAUUUCAAUUGUUCAGGGAAUGGAAGUAACUCAUUUUGCGGCUAAAGAAACCCAGCGGAGCUUGAUGCGUGCAGGGAGUUUUUCCACUGCUGUCUCUCCCGUUUAAACAGCGUAACCUUGAGGGUUUCCAAACCGAUGCUCAGCACGCUACCACCCUCCUCGCAGCAGGGCUGGAUCUGGUGGCUGGCCCUUGGGCUAGAGCCUUGCUCAGGGCACCAGCUGUGCAUCACCUGCCUGAGGCCAUUUUAGGGGAGGAAUAUGUACCUUGUGGCAUCUGGGUUUUUUUUGGGCAGGAGGGAGUGGACCGGAGGGGACAGAGAAUCCCCCCAUUACAGGCUGGGAUUGUGCUGUUGAAAGCCCAAGGCUUUUAGGGGCAGGAAGGUUUUCACCUUGUUCUCUCUGGGCAGGGGCGAGUCUCCCACCUACUCCCAUGUGACCCUGGGAAAAUGAAUCACCGAAAAUGAAAGGAAGCAAAAAAGAAAAAGAAAAAAGCCAAUUAAAAAAUCCCUCCCCAAAGCUGCCUUCCAGAGGGUUGGGCAAAAGAUAAAAGCUCUCCAAGGAGCUGGGACUCCUCCUCUCCCACCACCGACUUCUCAUUUAAAUGUCUGAGCGCAGGCUGCAGCCGGCACUGCCUCUGCAGCUGCCCCAGGGUGGCUCCCUGCGGCCCACUGCCUGCCACCCCUGCCGUGCCCUGGCGGCAAUGCCCAUGCAAAAGGACGGUAGAGCUGGGUCUUAGCACCCCAGAAGCAGCCUGGUGUGGAACAUCCCCGAGGAGGACAGACCCGUGCUCUGGGUGGUCCCUGCGGCAGACGAUGCAAGAGCCCCUGGGGGGCCUGAGCUGAGUGGCGCCUGCCCGGGCGUAGAGGAGUGGACGGCACGGGUGUCCCAGUGCAUGGACUCCCUGAGGCCAGCCCCCCGAUGUCGGCUCCGCUGCUGCUCUGGGUCAUCCUCCUCCGCUGGGCUACCGGCGGGGGCUUCGUCCGGGGGGGCAGGACCUGGCAGCACUGCACAGACCUGCGCCCACUGGACAUCCUCUCAGAGGUGGUUCCUGCCGGCAGGCUGGCCCAUGGCAUGAGGGUGUUUCAAGUGCAGGGGGUGCGCGGCUUCCAGCUCACCGCCUCGCGUCCCCGUGCACUGGGCUUCCCCGCCUCCCGGCUUUUCAUCCACUGCGACCGCUUCCCCGAGGAGUUCUCCAUCAUCAUCACGCUGAGGGUCCUCAGCAUCCCCGUCAAGAGAAAUGAGUACAUCUUCACACUGAUGGCAGAGGAGAGCCCCAGCGUGCUGGUGGGGCUGCGCUAUGCCCCCAACAAGCUCCACUUCCUCUUCUGGAGCCAGGAGCGCACCGGUGGCUGGCAGACCCGCGUCACCUUCCCCAACGUCUCCCUCUCUGACAACCAGUGGCACACGCUCGUCCUGGCUGUCUCUGGCCAGUCCUUCUCCUUGACGGUGGACUGCAGUGUCCCUAAGGAUGUGGUGGUGGAGAUGCCAUUUCCAGCUUCUCUGUCGGUGAAGAGAGCCAGCUUCUACCUGGGCAACAGGAGGAGAAGGAAAGGCAUAUUCACGGGCUUGCUGAGACAGCUUGUCCUGCUGCCAGGAGCUGAUGCCACCCCUCGUAUAUGCACCACCAUGAACUUUAAAGUUGCGACGCUCUCUGUCCCCACUGUCCUCCAGGAUCUCCCUGUGAAGCCAGUGAGCAACGAGGUGCUAAAAUACCCCUACGAGACCGACAUGAAAGUGACCCUGGGGUCCCGUCCACCAUGCACCAAGCAGGAGAAGGAGCAAUUCUGGUUCAAUGUCUCCCAGCGAGCGCUGUACCUCUGCAAUGGCAGUGCCUGGAUUUCCAUGCUGGAAGUCAAAGAGAGGCUGGACUAUGUGGAGGAGUACCAGAACCUGGUGACCAACUCUGAGACAAUGGGAGUUGAGGUCUUCACUAUCCCAAAGGUAGGACUGUUUGCAGCCACUGCCAACCGGUACACCCCACCGGGAUCAGCCAUCUAUAAGUGGACCGAUGGGAAGUUUGCGCCCUACCAGAAUAUUGCCACCUACCAAGCUCAGUCCUGGAAGUAUUUCACCAUAGGAAAAAAGAUCUUCCUAGCAGUGGCUAAUUUCGAGCAGAAUGACAGGGGUCAGGAGUUCUCUGUAAUAUACAAGUGGAGCUGGAGGAAAAAGAAAUUCGUCACGUACCAGAGGAUCACCACGCACAGCGCUAGGGACUGGGAGGCAUUUGUCAUUGAGGGAGAGACUUUUCUCGCAGUGGUCAACCACAGAAAAGGGAAUAACCACAACAUAGACAGUGUGAUAUACAGAUGGAACCCCAGGACAGGGUUGUUUGAAACCAACCAGACCAUCCCUACCUCUGGAGCCUAUGACUGGGAAUUUUUCACCAUUGGGCCGUAUUCCUUCCUGGCUGUGGCGAACACGUUCAAUGGCACAUCCACUAAGAUCUACUCACACAUCUACAUCUGGCUCAGUGGCUCUUUCCAGCUCUUCCAGUCCAUCCUGACUUUUGGUGCUGCUGACUGGGAGGUCUUUCAUAUUGGGGACAGAGUCUUCCUGGCUGUUGCAAACAGCCACAGCUAUGACAGUGGGAUGCCAGCACCCUCUAACUUCUAUGCCAUCAACUCCUCAAUCUAUGAGCUGAACAUCACUGCCCAGAUGUUUGUCAAAUUCCAGGACCUCGUCACCUACAGUGCCCUGGACUGGGAGUUCUUCUCAGUGGGAGAUGACUCUUUUCUGGUGGUAGCAAACUCCUUCAAUGGCUUCACAUUCUCCGUUAACAGUAUUAUCUACAGGUGGCAAGGCUAUGAAGGCUUCGUAGCGGCUCACCACCUCCCCACUGUUGGCUGUAGAGACUGGGAGGCAUUUCACACUGCCGAGGGCUCCUACCUCCUCUACUCUAGUGCCAAGGAGCCGAUUUCCAAGGUGCUCAAGCUGAAAACCACCUGAGGUGGCUGAGAUACGCUCGGCUCAUCGACAGGAUCAGGGCAAGCUGGGCAUCAAGGUGAAGAUGGACCACAGAGCCCAGGAACAGCUGCAGCAUCAGCCCUGCAGCUGGCUGGUUGUGCACUCUGCAAGAGAGGGAGGAGGAGAAGGGGAGCUCCAGGGCUCUCUGCAGCCUUGUCUGGGGGCUGGCAAAGGUGACCCUGCUUUGGUGCUGUUUCUCUUGGACAAGCUCUCCUGCUACACUCCAGAGCCACGUCCUACCCAGGGUGCCUGGUGCCCAGGCACUUUCCCAGGCUCACUGGGACCCCAGUGCUUGGCAGUCCCCAGCCAGGAGGGACCCAGAGCUGCCAUUGGUUGUGGACAGAGCUCACACAAAGCCAGGGAAGAAAGAGACUGAGCAGAACAUGUGCUGCCGGGGUGGGUGAAUGGCAGGGGGAAGGAAACGGUAUGUAAGAAAUUGGGGGGAAAAGGUGGCUUCAGGCUUGGCUUGGCCUGCCCAGCACCUGGGGCUGCAAUGAUGAGGACCCAUCUGGUUUGACAUUGCACACCAUGCUUCGUGUCCAUCUUCAGUGGCCUCGCCACCCCAUUCCACUGCUGCAGGCACCUGCCCGCUCUCCUGCUCCACUGUGGCUGGUUUUGGUCAUCCUCGCCAACCGACGUAUGUGUAUUGUACAAAUCCAUAGAUGUGUACAAGGACCAAUGCUGGUCCUUGCACUCCUUUGCAUGAGGUUAGCGACGCUGAAGCAAACCUGCUGUGCAUGGUGACCAAUCCAGAUACCAUGGGCAUGGGAAAGACCCAAAACUGCUCCAGGCCUCUUUUCCUCUCCUUUGUCUGGGAGACUCUUUUGCUUAACCAGAGCUCUAAUAAAUUGUGCACCCAGCCUUCGUCCAAGCACAAGCUGCGGGUACCCGAGCUGCUCUGCCCAUGGCAGAGGCUUUCCUCCACUCCACAAACCACCCCCAAGCAUGACAGGGCCAUGUCCAUGGCCAUAGGUGGCCUGUGAGGACAAGGUGGCCCUGAGCAAAGUGGGGUGCUGGGGUGAGGGUGCCUCUCCCACUCCCCUUUGCAUGGGACCCUCUGCCUCUCCCAGUUGGCCCCAUUGCUCGGCCUUCCGCGGCCCCAGGUUUCCCGCUGGGGCUGGGUCACCCACCCUGGCACAGGGGAGCCCACAGGAGGUGUUAGCCCACCAAGAAGGAGUUGGGGUGGGGGGUGGGGGGCACAGCCUGAGCUGCCCUGGGGUCCAGGCCCAGGAAAGCCACCACAGGCAGCCCCAGCAGACCUCCCUUCUCCCCAGGCCCAGUCACAUCUGCAGCUGGCUCUGCUGGGAAGGACCGUUUCUUGCUUGUGAAACAAGGCAGAACUCAAUUUGCUUCCAUCACGCUGAGCCACGUGCAGCAUCUCUAAUUUGGCCACAAGGAAAGGCAAGAUAAGGCAAGACAUACCAGACGAGGAGCAGAGGCACCAUUUGGACAGCUGGCCCCUACUCGAGACAGGCUGGCGUGAGGGUGGAGAGGAUGUAACCUAAUGGGAGCUGCACUGGUACACUGAAUUUAGGCUUGUCUGCUUUGGGAGAGAUUGAAUUAGGACAAGCACAACCCCCUUGAGCGCCACCACUCUCCCCAGAUGCACAGCUUCCAGUGCAGCAUAAACCCUGAGGGUUUUCCUAUGUGUUGGGCUUUAUUGAGAAAUCAAAGGUUUGUGAGAUCAGCCCCAGGCUGCUGGUGGCAGGCAGAGGCUGCUGAAACGCUGGGCGGCGGCUGGGACCAAUGUCUUGCUCUCUGCAAGACCAGUCCCUCUCUGGAGCCAGGACAAUGUGGCUCCACUGCACAGAGUGACGCAUCCCUCUGCACCCCAGGCUGCGGGGACCUCCUGGCCCCACAAGAGCCCCCUCCCUCAUCUGUCUCACCCCAGGGGCUAGUUCUUUCCAAACCAUGUGGACCGUGAACCUGUGGCUGGGGCUGCUUUCCCUGCAAGCCCAGCUCUGGCAGGGGAGAAGGGGUCUGUGGGGGGGGGAUUCUUCCCCAGGAACCUGGGCUCCAUUGACAGGUCUGCAUGGGGUGUUCCUGUCAUCCCUCCUCCAUGUUGUUUGCCCAUGCUCAGUCCAGCAUCGCUGGGGAGGGAUGAAGUCGGUGGCACUCAUUUGCAGGACCAGAAAAAGCACCGGAAAAUCCCAUAAAGAAGCUUGGAAGCCUAUCAGAUUGCCACUGGCUCCCCACAAAGAAGCUGGGAACAGGGAGCCCCAAUGCUGCACUACAGGGCAGUGCUGGUGGUCUCUGCAUGGCCCUGGGUGCUCGACGGUGACUUCAGAUACUCCACAUGCUUGCAGGUGUCCUCUUGAUUGUGCCGGACAUAGCAGAUCACAUAGACGAUGACCAUAGUGAACCAGCCAAACGUGGUGAUGAACAUGGCCACGUCUGUGGUCCUUUGACACACGCUGCAGAAGUUGACACCAGCAUCCAGGACCUGGAGCAGUGGCUUGCCCACGUAUUCCUCACGUGGGGCUGUGUGGCAGGUGAUGUCCUGGACGGAGUCAGGGUCCAGCCGUGCCUCCCACAACACCUCCUGCAAGGCACACUCGCAGUGCCAGGGGUUGUUGGCCAGCCGGAGCUUGGCAUUGAGCGUCAGCAAGGCCUCCUUGGGGAUGUUGCGGAUGCGGUUGCUGGAGAGGUCAAGGGUACGCAGCCCAGCAGCCACCCCUUUGAAAGCUGCCCUGUCAAUCUUCUCAAUGGCAUUCCUGGAAAGAUCAAGUUCCUCCAGGUGGGAGAGGUGCCUGAGGGCAUUGCUGGGGAUCCUGGUGAUGCUGUUGGCAUCCAGCUUGAGGAACACUGCAUCUUUGGGGAUGUCCUUGGGGAUCUCCACCAAGUGCCGGGAGCUGCAGAGGACAGCCUUUGCCCCUGCCCUCUCUGUGCACUGGCAGCUUGGGGGGCAGGAGCUGCCCCAGGGGAUACACAGCAGGAGGCAGAAAAAAGCCUGGGUGAUGCUGGCUGCCGGUGUGGUUGUGAGGGCCAUCUUGCACCUGGCCAGCUCGGCAUGGCUGCUGGCGAUUCCCUGGUGGCUGCAGCAGCUCCUGGGCAGCCGGGCGGCUCCUCUGCGCUCCUGCAAAGCCUCUCCCAUUGCUGGAGGAAAGUGGUGGGUGGAGGGGAUAUGAGAAGACAUUAUUUCCUGGAACUUUGUUUUUGUGCCCUGGCAAAGCAGCAAGAGGCUGGGCUCAGGAGCCAAGAAAAUGAGGGCGGAAUGAUACUGGCUACCAUCUUUUCCAGGACAGCUUAAUUUGGCUUAAGAUUAAUUAUACCUGGACAUAGAACUGCGGAGAUUAAAAACCGUUUCACCCCCCACCGCCAUCUCUGUACAGACCACUCAGGCAAAGGGUGCUGCAGGACUGGGUUGUCAAAAUGGGCACAGCCCCGGAGCCUCUGCCCCACCCUGCUGCCAAUUUCCACAUGGGAUGCAUCAAUUUGCUGCUGGAGGACAGCAGCAGUAAAUUCCUGUCUCACCAACCUCGAGUGUUAAAAAAAAAGAUGAGUCAGACUCCCCAGAUCAUCAGGCUGGCUUAAUCUCCACUGGGUUUUUAAAUAACAAGAUGUGGAGUUCUUCUGCUUUCCCCAUAUGGUCCAUGAGCUGGUACAUGUUUCCAAGCAUUUUGCCAAAGCAGGUGU